AUGAGUGACUUAGAGCCUGAUAAGUUGAAGGUGGCAGAAUUAAGAGAUGAGCUGAAAAACAGAGGAUUAGAUACAAAAGGCAACAAAGCUGCUCUUGUGUCUCGCUUGAAAGAAGCACUUGGCUAUGGAGCAGAUGCAUCAGCUGAAGGAGAGUAUACUGCUGGAGAUGAUGAGGAUGAGCAGGAUCAAACUAAAGAUGAAGAGGAGGAACAAGAAGAAGAGUCUGCCCACUAUGAUGAGGAUGCACAAGUAGAGGAUUCAGCCAAUGAUGGAAACUAUCAAGAGGAGAACGAGAAUGCUGAACACAAUGGAGCUGCAGAGAUUGAAGCAGAAGAUGCAACUGCUGAUGAAGUGAAAGCUAUUGAAGAACAAGAAACAAAUGGAAAUAUGGAGGAGGAGGAGCCGGCUAUUGUUCUUGGCGAUGAAUUCAGGACCAUUGAUGAAGCCACACAGGACGAUACUGGAGAAGGAAAUGCUGACAGAAAAAGGAGACGAUCUCAUUCACGAGAACACCGCAGGCGAUCUCGAUCCCGUGAUCGUCGAUGGGGCUACUCUCGCGACAGAAGAUCUAGUCGGCACUCACCAGCAAAGAAGGUUGAGAUGGAGGAUUCAUCUUGGGAGUCUCUGACAGUGUUUACUUUGGAUAGAUAUGAAUCUGACCUGAACCUGCGCUUCAAUGACAGAGGCAUCAAAGCUCAUCCCCUGACUGUGGGUGGGUUUGCUUACAUGUGGUCAGGUGUGCGUGCCAACUAUGGAGUUCACGCAGGGAAAGUAGCAUAUGAAGUCAAGGUACUGGAAUUUCUGAAUGUUGAUCAUCUGCCAAGGGAAGAAGUCACCCCUCAUUGUCUUAGGGUGGGCUGGUCUGUGAACACCACAUCACUGUAUCUUGGUGAAGAACCUCUGUCGUACGGAUAUGGCAGUACAAGCCAGGCUUCCACAGACAACAAUUACUUCACUUAUGGACAGACCUUUGGUGUCGGGGAUGUGAUUACUGCAUAUCUGGAUUUUGAAGGCGAUGCAAUAGUCAUAUCUUACUCCAAGAAUGGGGAAGACCUUGGGACUUGCUUUGAGAUUGAGAAGGAGACCAUUGGAGAUAAUGCUCUCUUCCCCCAUAUGAUGACCAAAAAUGUGGAGUUUGAAUGUAACUUUGGUGCAAGGGAGGGACCAUAUUUUCCACUGAAAGAUGGUUUCAAGUUCUUGGAGGAAGUGCCACUUGAAGAGCGUGUACGUGGAAACACACCACCUGCAACAAAAGAGGAGUGUGAGGUGAUCAUGACCAUUGGCCUUCCAGGUGCUGGUAAAACUUAUUGGGCAGAGAGGCAUAUUGCUGCACAUCCUGAGAAACACUACAAUCUGCUUGGAACCAACAGUAUCAUUGAUAAAAUGAGGGUGUUGGGUAAACCCAGACGACAGAACUAUAGCGGUGAAUGGAGCGUACUGUUCGACAAGGCAACGAAAUGCCUCAAUCGAUUCAUUGAAGUAGCUGCUCGCAAGAAGCGCAACUACAUUAUUGAUCAGACAAAUGUGUAUGCAUCAUCCCGGAGACGGAAAAUGCAGCCUUUUGAAGGAUUCCAACGCAAGGCUGUAGUAAUCUUGCCAACUGAUGAAGUGUACAAAAAUCGAGUGAAGGAAAGACCAGAGGAGGAACGAAAGGAUAUCCCUGAAAGUGCAGUUAACGAGAUGAAAGCCAGUUUGAGCCUGCCUGAGGACGGUGAAUAUUUUGAAAGCAUCGAGUAUGUGGAGGAUGUGCCAAAAGAGGAACGUGACAAGCUGGUGGAGCAGUACCGUAAAGAAGGCAGGGACGCCCUUCCUCCGCCAGAAAAACGAGAGAGGCGAGAAAGCAGAGAUUACAGAAGUGACCGCAGGACAAGCAGUUACCGUGGUGGUUAUGAUAGGGAACGUCGAGGAGGAUACAGAGGCAGCAAUUGGAGACCUUACAAUGAGCGCCGAGGUGGUGGAUACCGGGGCAGAUUUAGAGAUGACCGUUACUAUGAUGACAGAAGUUAUGGUGGUUACAAGGGCCCCCGUGGUGGCCGACGCAGCAGAAGUAGCUGGAGAGGUCGAAGCUAUGGUGGUGGCCGUGGAGGAUAUGGUCGCUCCGAGUGGGACACUUACCAGGAGUAUGAUGACUGGAAUGACUAUGAUGAUGGCAGCUGGGGCGGAGGUUACAAUGACAGAUGGGGCAGUUACAACUAG